UAUCAAAAUCAAGGACGGUGACGUCAAUGACCACGUGAUUGAAAAUGGCGGCAAUAAUAGCGGGUCGAAUGGCGCAUUCGAUAACCAAACAUUCGUACCAGAUAAGGACGUCGACACAUUCCAAGAUGAAAAACGUGAAGAUCUUAAGGAUGAUCCCAAUGAAAGCGAAGAUGAAGAAGCGACAGGAUAUUCACGUUUCGUGGAGUCCAUUCAGAAAUCUCUGCAUGACUUCAGCACGAGCCAUAAUACAGGCAUACAUCGAGUCUUCUACACCAUAUUGGUGCUGCUCUACCUGGCUUAUUUCGCCUACGCGAUGUACUUUAGAUUUGGUGACGAGGGAUCGGUACGGCUGCUGGUCGUCACCAUCCUUGUGGUAGCGGGAUUAUCUGUUAAUCGUCUGCUGGGGAUCUAUGGAAAUAAAAUCUCCAUAUUUUGGCAUCAGCUCUUCAACACGAAAUUAGGGGCAAAGAUUUCAAAAAACAUCAACGUUGUCCUAGCAAUUGGACUUUCCAUUUUUGUCCUAGUUUACGUCAUUGUCGAGAUAGCACUGAAAACCCCCCGUAAUUUGAUAUCUGCUGGGGGUCUUGCGGCUCUCAUUCUGCUUUUCUAUAUCACCUCCGUCAACCCAGCUAAGGUAAAAUGGCGACCGGUGUUUUGGGGUCUCAUGCUUCAGUUCCUCUUUGCCCUUAUCAUUCUGAGGUCACAGGGUGGAUAUGAUAUGUUUGAAUGGAUAGGAAACAGGUUCCAGGAGUUCAUAAAGUACUCUGACAAAGGAGCAGAAUUUGUCUUCGGGGCAAAUUACACCGAUCACUUCUUCGCUUUCGCGGUUUUACCAGUCAUCGUUUUCUUUAGUACGUCUGUUUAUGUUCUGUAUUACCUCGGGGUCAUGCAAUACAUCAUUCGAAACAUAGCACGUUUUCUGGCAUAUGCACUCGGAACCUCUCCAACUGAAUCCUUGAACGCUGCAGGGAACAUCUUCCUCGGUCAGAGUGAGGCGCCAUUACUGAUUCGACCUUUCCUGUCCAGGUUGACGAAGUCUGAGCUACACGCUGUAUGCACGGGAGGAUUUGCAACUAUUGCAGGAAGUGUCAUGGCAGCCUACAUUCUUUACGGUAUACCAGCCAAUCACUUACUGUCUGCCUCCGUCAUGUCGGCCCCAGCGGCACUGGCCAUGUCCAAGCUCUUCUAUCCCGAGACGGAACAGACUAAAAUCACACCUAGUGACGUAUACAAAAUGUCAAAAGGACCGGAGCGGAAUAUCAUUGAAGCUGCCUCCUCGGGGGCAUCACAAUCCAUCAAACUUGUUGCAAACGUCGCUGUGAACCUGAUCGCAUUUGUCUCACUUUUGGAAUUUGUAAAUGCUACGCUUAAAUGGUUCGGGACUCGAGUGGGGAUGGAAAAGCCGGACGACGAGCUUACAUUUCAGUUCAUAUGCUCCUACGUCUUUUGGCCGCUUGCUUUCCUGAUGGGUGUGGACACCAUCGACUGUCGGAAAGUGGCAGAACUGGUAGGAAUUAAAACGUUUAUUAACGAGUUCGUGGCCUACACCGCACUUUCCACAUAUAUCAAGAAUGCUCAGAAUCUCAGUUGGUACGAGGGCCUGGCUCAUAACAGUACAAACGACACUUCCGGUGUGUUUAAUGCCACCUGGCGGUACGUUAAUGGUGACAUCGUUUAUGAUGAUCUAAACAUAACACUAAUUGGCGGAGUUCUCUCUGAGAGAACUGUCGUAAUAUCAACGUACGCUCUGUGUGGUUUCUCCAACAUCUCAUCCAUUGGUAUCAUGCUGGGCGCUCUUGGCGCCAUGGCACCGUCUCGGAAGAGUGACCUGUCAUUGGUUGUCGUUAGGGCCAUGAUCGCCGGCAACGUAGCAUGCUUCAUGACCGCCUGUAUUGCAGGUUUACUGUAUGAAGGAGAGCUCUGAUUGCUUGGAUUCGGACAUGAACUACGGUAACUUCAUUGUGAUAACUCGGAACCUCACAGGAAUUGUUAUAUGUUGUACAUUCAUUGUGAUUGUUCGGAACCUCCCGGGAGUGGUUAUAUGGUACAUUCAUUGUGAUAACUCGGAAC